CCAUCCCUCUCUCCUCUCUCUCCUCUCUCUCCUCUCUUCUCUCUUCUCUUCUCUCUGUUCCAUCAGGUCAGUAUUGUCUGGAGCUUGGGAGGAUCACAUCUCACCAUGGAUGACGUGUACAAAGCAGCGGUUGAGAACCUCACAGAAGAGCAGAAAAAUGAGUUCAAGGCGGCGUUCGACAUCUUCAUCCAGGACGCGGAGGACGGCUGCAUCAGCACCAAAGAGCUGGGGAAGGUCAUGAGGAUGCUGGGCCAGAACCCGACCGCCGAGGAGCUCCAGGAGAUGAUCGACGAGGUGGAUGAGGACGGGAGCGGGACGGUGGACUUCGAUGAGUUCUUGGUGAUGAUGGUGCGCUGCAUGAAAGAGGAGAACAAAGGAAAAUCUGAAGAGGAGCUGAGCGAGCUGUUCCGAAUGUUUGACAAAAACGGGGACGGGUACAUCGACCUGGACGAGCUGAAGAACAUGCUGGAGUCCACCGGCGAGGCCAUCACGGAAGACGACAUCGAGGAGCUGAUGAAGGACGGGGACCGCAACAACGACGGGAAAAUCGACUACGACGAGUUCUUGGAGUUCAUGAAAGGUGUGGAGUGAGGAGGACACUGCCCCCUGCUGCUCCAGUCCUGCCCCUGCACGAGCGCUCAGUCUGUCACACCGCACCGGCCCAAUGUGAUCUCACCAACCGUCAAUAAAACCGUUUACAACUACA